AUGAAUUACAUUGUUGUAGAGUCGUAUCACUUUGUGAAUGAGUUAAAGACCUGGACUGAAGCACAGACAUACUGCAGAGAGCACUACACUGACCUGGCCACUAUUGACAACCAAGAGGACACAGAUGAGCUGAUUAAAACUGUUAAAGGAGAUGCUGGGCGUGUUUGGAUUGGACUGGAGAGGAGGUGGCAGUGGUCUCUGGGAGAUCCAGGAAAGGUCAGCAGUGAGAGAUACAUAGUGAUUACUCAGGCCAAAAACUGGAGAGAAGCUCAGAGCUACUGCAGAGAACAUCAUACAGACCUGGUCAGUGUGAGGAACCAGACUGAGAAUCACAUGAUAUGGAGAUUGCUAAAGGACAAUAGCUCUGCCUGGAUUGGCCUGUUCAUGGACCCAUGGAAAUGGUCAGAUCAGAGUAAAUCCUCAUUCAGAAACUGGGCACCUGGACAACCUGGUAAUAAUGUGGGUACUGAGAACUGUGCUGUCAUGCAGGUGAAUGGUGCUAAUGUGGGACAAUGGCAUGACUUUUCAUGUGUCAAUGCAAAGCCAUUUGUUUGCUAUGAAGACAAGCUGAUCCUGAUCAAUGAGACUCUGACCUGGAGUGAAGCUCUGAAUUACUGCAGAGAGCAUCAUGUGGACCUGGUCUCAGUUCACUCAGAGAAGAUCCAGAAGUGGGUGAUGAAGAGGGUUGAAAAGGCCUCCACUGCUCAUGUGUGGCUGGGCUUACGUUACAGCUGCACUCUGGGCUUCUGGUUUUGGGUGAGUGGAGAAUCUUCCUGCUACCAGAACUGGGCUCCAGGGAAUGGAACUGUGGUGGAGGAGUGUGUAAAUGAAGGAAGAACUGGAGCGGUUGAGUCUGGAGGAAACAAAGAAUGGAUCAGCUUCUCUGAGACUGAGAGACUCAACUUCAUCUGCACCAACUAUGAAGAAGACUGA